AUGUCACUCCUCAAGUUGAACCUUCUGGUUCUCAGUUUGAUACCCGACAGCUGUCUCUGUGCCCACAUAGUGCUCUUGGAUCGCUUCACAUUCACCGUCGACGAUCACGCCCUGUUCCUGUCCCAGAGCGCCGUUCUUGAACAGGAACAGAAUCGGAGCUAUCUCUCUGGACAUAUGCUGAUUAACCGGCUUGUAAAUGAUAUCACCCUAUCAUCCACAAUGGACAUUAUUCGGCCCCGGCGACCGGAAAUGCGUCUCUAUACUGUCAAGCUUAACUUUUGCUCCGUCCUCAAUAAUGGCUACAAGAAUAAGUUUAUUAGAACGCUUUAUAAUAAUUAUGCUGGCUUUCUUAACACCAAACCGAAAUGUCCACUAAAGCCGAACUUUAACUACUCCUUGACAAGGGCCUAUGUCGACGAAGACUUACUACCAGAUCUCCUUCCAGAAUGCACCUAUCGAUUUAGAGCAACCUUUGAACAGAAAUCAAAAUUACUGGCUCACAUGCAACUCGAUGGACGUUUGGUCGCCAAGGUCGGAAGGUCAAAUUGAAAUUCUCGAAUUCUUAUUUGGGCCAUGAUUUAUGGAGGUUCAAUGGC